GUGACACGCCAGGGGCCAGUUUGGGAGGCUCGGCAGGGCACUUGCACUUUAACAUUCUGGCCAACUCAUUAAUUAAAUGGGGUACAGCACCACAAGACACCGUCGCCGGCCCCUAAACUGAACGCAGACAGACAAAGAAAGCGACCAGCUUCGAAGGCCUCACCCGAUCUGAUUACUCCCAACCUGGGCACACGUAUUCGACGACUCUGUCUGCACCAGGACGCCAAUCAACCGCCAAGAUGGAUCUCAACAGCCUGAGGGACACCGUAUCCAACCUGACCUUGUAUGAUCUCAAGGCGGGAGUACGCAAGGUCCAAAAUGCUGUCAUGAACUACACCGAGAUGGAGUCCAAGGUGCGCGAGGCCACGAACAAUGAGCCGUGGGGAGCAUCGUCGUCGGUGAUGCAGGAGAUCGCCAACGGCACCUUCAACUACCAAACCCUCAACGAGAUCAUGCCCAUGAUCUACCGGCGGUUCACAGAGAAGGCCGCCGAGGAAUGGAGACAGAUCUACAAAGCCCUGCAGCUGCUCGAAUAUCUGAUCAAGCACGGCUCGGAACGUGUUAUCGAUGACGCCCGAUCCCACCUCACCCUCCUCAAGAUGCUGCGGCAGUUCCACUUCAUCGACCAGAAUGGCAAGGACCAGGGCAUCAACGUCCGGAACCGCGCCAAGGAGUUGACCGACCUCCUCGGCGACGUCGACCGCAUCCGGGCAGAGCGGAAGAAGGCCCGGGCAAACAAAGCAAAAUACACUGGUGUCGAGGGCGGCGCGGGCCUUGGGUUCUCGAGCGGCGGCAGCAGCAGCCGAUAUGGUGGUUUCGGCAGCGAGAGUGGCGGCUACGGCGGCGGUGGUGGCACCUCUGCCAACUUCGGAGGGUACUCGGGCGGCGUCUAUGGUGACGGAGGUGGGUUUGGUGGUGAGAGCAGCGACUUCCGAGACACUGGUCGACGUGCGGGAGGCGGAGACCAGUUCGAGGAGUACGACGAGUUUGACGGCCACGAUGCCCCCGAGCCAGCACGCCGCAAGACAACGGAGCGGGCUGGGACCAAGAAGACGACGCCGGCGCCGGCGGCCGUCGAGCCUCCAAAGAAGAAAGAGCCCGAGGUUGAUCUGUUCUCGUUCGACGACCCCGUCCCCUCCUCGUCCUCCGUAGCCCCCGCAGCACCCUCCAACGGCUCCGGCCUUGCUGCGCUGUCUACGACUACUGCUCCAGCCGCCGCCGCCGAUAAUGACGACGACGACUUCGAUGACUUCCAGUCCGCCACACCGGCAGGGCAGACCUCUGCUCCGCAAUCAUCGGCUUUUGGAAACCCGCUCAUGACGUCGAAUGCCUCGGGCGCCACUUUUGCCGCCCCAGCGCCUGUGGCAGCCCCGGCCAACCUCAACGGCAUGAUGGGCUUCUCUUCCAUGACGCCACCUCCAGCCAGCUCGACGACGACCACCCCCGCGGCGAACUACUCUUCUUUCAGCAGCCCCCUUGCGUCCUCCACGACCAUGUCGCCCCCCGCGAACAAGCCUCAAGCCGGCGGGUACCAGCCGUCCGGGCCGAACUACUUCACCUCUGUGCAAGCUGCCACGCCUCAGUCGGCCUCGACACCGACCUCGGCGGGCGGCAUGGCGGCCUUGCGACCCACAGGAACUGGGCCAGCGGCCAAGAAGCCUGCCGGUGGUGACGCGUUCGGUGCCCUGUGGGCAAGUGCAAGCGGCACUGGUGCCAAGAAGCAGAGCACGGGAGGUGGCCCAGCACUGGGCCAGUUGGCAAAGGAGAAGAGCAGCGCCGGCAUCUGGGGUGCCCCAGCUACUGCGCAGUCGAAGCCAGCAGGUUCCAGCCAGCCCAAUACCGGAAGCUCAGGGUUGGACGAUCUGCUAGGAUAGAUCGUCAUACGAGGUAGUUUGUGACAGGCGAGGCAGCCUUGAUCGUCACUGCACAUGCCAGGCCAGGCCAGACCAGCCAGGCCACGCAGUAUAUCUGAUCAAAAGUUGAGACAUGGGGGAGAUCGGAAGGGUUGGUCGCGGGUUCGCUACAGUCAUAAUACAAGCAUAGGAGGAUCGACCAGUUUCUGAUGCGCUUUUUGUUAGACCUAAGAUCUUGAGGCGUACUGGAGUUCAAAAUCAUUUCUCUGCAGUGCAAGCUAAAUUCUAGUGUUUUUGAUGCUGCUGGUUGCCCUAGAUUGCAUGUCCAGAACUCGCGGUGCUUGACACCCAUUCCUGUCAUCCCAGCAGAUAGCACAUGUGUCAUGGGGCGGAUCUGAGAGACCGGGUGCCAACAACUGUCUAGUCAGAAUCACCAUCUGCCAUUUGCGUAGUUUGUUUGUGGUUGAAGCAUGGGCCUGCAAAAGAACCAACACUAGGUGCUUGACACUCCACAAGCAGCCUUCUUCUUAUUGCGUUGCAGCAAGUACACAGCCUCCGGCCCCUCUGUACACAUUGAUCCCACUUCGAGGCCUGAAGAGCC